AUGAAGGGCAAUAUAAGCUGCGGUGCAUGCCAAGGCAAGUUGAUUGCCAAACGUGGCGUCGUCUUGGUUCACCACUUCAGCCACGAGGCAAAGUGCACCGCGUAUGCGAGCAGCUCAGAGCCCAUGACGCCGUGGCACAGCUCCUGGCAGGACCAGUGCCAGCAAGAGCAUGUGCAGGUGGCGGUUCGCCGCACCUUGACCGACGGGAGAAAUGUCCUGUGUAUGGCCGACAUUGUCAAUAAGGAUGGAACCGUGAUCGAGAUCCAGCACAGCAACAUUAGCGCGUCGGACAUGGCAAAGCGAGAAGAGUGUCACUCCGACAUGAUCUGGGUUCUGGACGGCAUUACAGAGCAGAAUGCAGUCGUGCCUCUGUUCACGUGCAAGACCGUCGCUCAGAAACCAUUUGUGGUUAUGGCCGUCGAGCGCAGCCAGCUCAACUUUGCAUUUCGCGCGACAAGGAAGGUCUACUUCGAGACCCCGUACGGGAUCAUCCGGUUACUGCAAAAGUUGGAGAGAGCUACGUUCCUUGGAAAAGUCGUCCGAUACGGCGAGUUCAUGGGACGAUACUUCAACGGCAUCCUUGAGGAGGGGAAGCAGCGAUUGCCAUGUUAUCAAAACCUCAGAUUUGACGGUCUGGUCUACAACCAGACGGACAUGACCGUGGGCCCAGCGAGACAGGCCCCUGCAGUGCCUGAAGUUCCUAAGCGACAUGUCGCCCCUGUACCCUCGCCCCCGAAGCAGCUCAUCACUCCCAAAGUAGUGGAGAGAGAGGUCCCCGUGAGAGAGCGGCAGAUCCCAACGCCUUCACGUGCACCUUAA